UGCUGUAUUAAUGUAAUAAUCGUAAUAAAUGUGAAGAUUCGCUGUUACAUUUUUUUUAUUACUUUUAAAUUUAUGCUACAGUCAUUUGAUCAUCUAUCAGUAUGUAGUUUUUAAAAGUGUGUGAAGGUUUAGCUAGCUUACGUCACGACAUUCUCAAAGUGAGAAUCAGUGAGAAUACGAUAAAUACACUUGUCAAAUCAGUGUAUGAUGGCUGGAAUUAAAGAUUAGUAAUUUUGGCAUUUGCUGGAUCUAUUGGUAUGACAUUUGUCAUACUUGGAUGUGCUUUACCAGCAUAUAAAAUAUGGUGGCCAUUCUUUGUUGUAUUAUUCUAUGUAUUGGCACCCAUUCCAACAAUAAUUGCACGUCGCUACACAGAUGAUUAUGGUAGUAAUUCCAAUCCAUGUUUGGAAUUGGCUAUAUUCAUUACUAUGGGUUUUGUUGUAUCAUCUUUUGCUCUUCCUAUGGUCUUAGCAAGAUCACCGGCCAAUGAUCCAGUGAUACAUUGGGGUGCUUGCUACUUGACACUAGCGGGUAAUGUUGUCGUAUAUCUAACUUUAGUGGGAUUCUUUAUAACAUCUGAUCAAGAUGACACUUAUUACAACACAUGCUGAAAUGCUGUACUUCAUUGUACUUAUUUAUUUAAUUUUACAUGGUUUUUGCAAAGCAAGAAUGUAAAUCAUAUACUGCACUGACUGACAGUUGUGAAUUAAUUCUAAGUCAUUACAAAAUUUAUAAUAUACUAAUUAUAAUAUUAUCAUAAGUUGUUCAUAAUACAAUCAGUACUAAUGACACAACAAAUAGUAUUACAGUAAUUAACAUUUAAUUUUAUGGUGAUUUAUUUUGAUAUUAUCAUUUAGUAGCUUAACAUUUUCCAACGUAUAAACGUUCUUACAAAUUAUCUUGGAUAAAAUUAGAAGCACAACUAUGCUAAAACAUGUAAAAUUUAAUAUAUUUCUUUUUAUUAAUCUAAGUUUUCGAUAGCAAUAUCAAUAAAGUUACAAUUUUUUACAUUA